AUGGAUCAUUCUGCAAAAUGUGCCAACGGAGACCGUGGUCUGCAUAAAUUCGAUCGGAAUGACUUCUAUUACGUCUGCCACCAGGAGGGUGUCAUGAUUGGAAUGUGUCCAACUGGAAUGGUAUUCAACGAAGCAGAGAAGCAAUGUGUUAAGAAAAACGAAACACUUCCUAGCACGAUUAGAGUUUACGAUGAGUCUCAGGACUGUGACGUGGUGAUCCCGAAUUGCAACCAGGCCGGUAUAUUCCCCGUUCCGUCGAAUUGCUCCUUCUUUUUUGACUGCCAGGAAUAUCAGCACGGUUACCGCCAGUAUGUAUUUAGAUGCCCUUUCCAAACCAUGUUCCACCCGGAUUUGCAUCGCUGUACCACCAUGACAAGAUGCUACCCUGAUCACUAUGAGAUUUUCAACCAUUUCAACGGUGAAUAUUUUCCGAAAUGUACUGUCCGUGGACAGUUUAGAACAUCUAACGACUGCAACCUGUACUACCGAUGUGUUCCCAACAUGGAUGGGUCAUUUUUUCAAAUUCGAUAUGAAUGUCCUCCAACGAUGUACUACAGCAUAGAUCGAGAACGAUGCGUGCCGAGAUUCGCUGAAGAUUGUCACUACAUGCCACUGGAUAAGAUUCUCUCUGACUACACCGAGAGGCAUAAUCUUUCGUGUAAUUAUGACACUUCUCACCACACAACAGCCAUAAGUACUAUCAACACAACCAUAACAACAAACGGUCCCUGUUCGUGCACCACACCAACGCCUACUUCGGAAUGUUCAUAUGCGACUACCGCUUCUAUAACACCAGUUACAAAAACAAGAACAACCAAGGGGAUCACGCAAACUACAUCUACAACACAACAGUUCUCAAACAGAAUUACUGAAACCACACCGACCGGAGAGGAAACGGAAGCAGCAACGGAACAAAGUUCAACUUACAUUUUUGAUUCAACGACUAAAAGCCGAAUUCAAACUACGUCAACGAUAUCAACCACUUCUACUAUAAGCACGAUUGCCCCUGUUGUAACUUCAACCAAAGCUACAAUAUCAGACCAAGCUUCAACUCACGUAACCGAUACUAUGAGUGAAGAAACUACUGAAACCACCUGCAGCUACGAGACAGUUGAUGACCAAACUGAUACUCCGAUACCUUCUAUUGUCACAGUUCCUGCGCCCAAAAUAAGCGCACCUGCAUCGGAAACGUCAAUUUUCGACAACGAUGACUCAGCAACAGAAAGUUCGAAUGUAAUAGAAACUAUUAGGCCAAAUACUGACACCGUUUCCAUAGAUGAAGGCAUAACAACCAACGAAUUGAAAAUUACCAGUUCAGAGCCAGAACCCACUAUUACACCAGUGCAUCAAGAACUGGAAUCCAACAGUAUAUACACAUCUACAACAACCGCAUCGUCAACCGAUAGUCAAGAUUCUGAUUCAUCCGAAUUUUUUACAUGGGAUGAAGAAGCGUUUCGUCGCACAUCCACGACCACAUCAACAUCAACUUCAAAACCUACACCAACGCCCACGCAAAGCACGACGCAACGUGUUCGAUACGUUGAGGAUAGUGACUACGAUUUCCCAGAUUCAAAAUUUUGGGAUGGAAGUUUAUCCAACGAAUCCCCAGACAUCGAAUCCGCGGAAACGCUCGUCCAAAGCAUUCUAGGUGCUGUAAUAGAAAACGAUGCUUCAGAUCAUGGCCAAUUGUCAACCACUGUUACAGCAGCAGAAGUAUCAACUUCAACUGUUUCUACAACCUCAUCGGGAAACGAUCCAGUUGAUUCGUUAACAGCUACCUCAGUGACGGCCUCAACACCACGGUACAAUAUAGUCCAAUGUUACAAUAAUGAUUUCGGCGGUCUAACCUGCGAUGGCGUUGAAGGACGACAGAAGGGACGAAUGGAAGUUCCAGGCUAUAUUAUACGCUGCCGGAAACGGUCCAACAAGGGAUUUACGGCGAAUCCGGAUUUGGAUGCCGGUAUCGAACUUCGGCUUCGCUUUCCCAAUUCGUACCGAAUUGAAGCCAUCGCGAGACAACAGUAG